AUGCGAUUCUGUGAAGAAAUAAAGGAGCUGAGAAAUGCUCUUAGCUUUGUCAAUUCAUUAUAUAACUUAAUAAAUGCAUCUGCAAAAAGGUUCGCAAUAUUUGAAAAUAUUUGCAAGAAAAGUGAAGGUUCAGUUUUUAGAAGAUUUUGUAGUUUGUCCAAAACACGUUGGACAGUUCGUCAUCAUGCUCUAUCAGUGGUGAUAGAAAAUUUGCAAGAGAUAAUUCAGACACUACUUAAAAUUUCCGAUGAUUCGUCAGAUGUAAAAAUAGCUAGUCAAGCAGAUGGCUUGCUGACAUUAGUAACGAACUUUGAAUUUAUAUUCUGUUUAAAAUUUUUGUUCCGUGUUUUAAGUGUGACUGAUAUUCUGUCAAAAGAAAUACAAAGCAUAACAUUGGACAUUUCAUCUUUUUUUUCAAAAGUCGAAGCACUGCUACACUGUUUAUCAUCUGAGAGAAAUGAUGAGUAUUUUAAGCGUAUUUGGGAGGAGACUGAGGAUGUAUGCAACAAACUCUCUUCUGACGGUUUCGAAAUUAGACAACCACACCUCCACCGGAAAAGAAAAGUGCCAAGAAGACUUGACGAUGGAAAUUUCCAAUCGGCAUUUUUUCCUACUUCUACAGAAGAGGCAUACAAAGUUAAUAUUUACUACCAAGGAUUAGACACUACCCUCUUCAAUUUAAGACAGAGAUUUUCUGAAAAUGAUUAUAGUAAAAUCAAAGUUAUUUCAGACAUACUUCUCAAUUUAAAAGAUCCCUUAAAUGAGUCCUCUGCAGAUCGCAUUAAAGAAUUUUACAAAAUGAAAUUUGAGGUUACCACACAGCUCCGAUUUUAUCACAACUAUGCAAAAUUAAACUUCAACAAUCUGUCUCCCACUCUAUCAGAAUUUGUAAAUUCAUUCCUGAAACACAACUUAUCAACUAGUAUCCCUUCUAUUUUGGAGCUGCUUGAAGUAGCACGGUCAUGGCCUAUCACUACAGCAAACGCAGAACGAUCGUUUUCCACUCUUCGCCGUCUAAAAACAUAUUUGAGGACUACUAUGGGGCAGGACAGAUUAAGCGGAUUAGCGUUAAUGGCUGUUGAACAGGAGGUUACAGCACAAUUGAUGGAGCCCAACGAGCUUGACAAUCUGGUAGAAAAAUUUGCAUCCUCAACCGAUCGAAGGCUCAAUUUCUACUGA